AUAUGCCUUCUAAAGGGUCCGAUUCUUCUCUUGCACACUUUACCCCCGCUCUCUUUGUAAAGGAAUAUCCUUUCAAAAGUCCGGUCCCAUAUGAUCUCUCUCCUUUUUCACACCAGCUACUUGAUAGUUGAGACUUUGAUACUAGUUGAUAUACUCCAAUAAUUCCACCUUUAUUUAACACCUUUUGAAACAAGCUGCUGCAAUGACCAUUUCUGUGUCUAUAAAUCCUUCGUUCCCUUCCCAUUUCCGUACCCAUUCUAGUCCUUCGCUUGCUUCAUAUACACCUGAUUUCUUUGAAGUUUCUGCUUCAAGAAGAAGACCCUUUUGCGUAAAGACUGGUUCUUUGAAGAGUAUGCGAACACCCUUUGUGGUUUCUAAGAAUAUGAGCUUGAAAGAUUGCAGGGAAGAAGAGGUGGAGGAGGAGGAGGAAAACCCUCCCCCUUUGCUUGAAUCCGAGGCGGCUUCAAGGCCCAGACGUAUUGCUCUCUUUGUUGAGCCCUCUCCUUUUGCUUACGUGUCUGGAUAUAAGAAUCGGUUUCAGAAUUUCAUCAAGUAUCUGCGUGAGAUGGGGGAUGAGGUAAUGGUUGUCACAACACAUGAAGGGGUGCCCCAAGAAUUUUACGGAGCAAAGUUGAUAGGAUCGCGUAGCUUUCCCUGUCCCUGGUACCGCAAAGUUCCGCUGUCUUUGGCUCUCAGUCCAAGAAUCAUCUCAGAAGUUGCCCAGUUUAAGCCUGAGAUAAUACAUGCAUCAUCUCCUGGCAUAAUGGUAUUUGGAGCUCUUAUUAUAGCAAAAUUGUUGCGUGUUCCUCUGGUGAUGUCUUAUCACACCCAUGUUCCUGUAUACAUUCCAAGAUACACUUUUAGUUGGCUAGUCCAACCUAUGUGGUUAGUUAUAAAGUUUCUCCAUAGAGCCGCUGAUCUUACACUCGUUCCCUCAGCUGCCAUUGCAAAAGACCUGCGAGCUUAUAGGAUAACUGCAGCUAACAGAAUUCGUCUGUGGAAUAAGGGUGUGGAUUCCGAAAGCUUUCACCCUCGAUUCUUCUCAAAGGAAAUGCGAUCAAGACUAAGCAAUAAUGAACCCGACAAGCCGUUGAUAGUUCAUGUUGGGCGACUUGGGGUUGAGAAGAGCUUGGAUUUCCUUAAAAGGGUGAUGGAUAGACUUCCUGACGUUCGGAUAGCUUUUAUAGGCGACGGACCAUACAGAGGGGAACUAGAGGAAAUGUUCAUGGGCAUGCCGGCCGUGUUCACGGGUAUGCUGCACGGCGAAGAACUCUCUCAAGCAUAUGCCAGUGGGGAUGUGUUCAUAAUGCCCUCCGAGUCCGAGACGCUCGGCCUCGUGGUCCUAGAGGCCAUGUCAUCUGGGUUGCCCGUAGUGGCUGCCCGCGCGGGAGGAAUUCCCGAUAUCGUCCCUGAUGAUCAGCAGGGCAAGACAGGGUAUCUGUUCACCCCGGGCGACCUCGAGGACUGUUUGGGUAAACUGGAGCCUCUCUUGUUUGACAGGGAACUGAGAGGGGCCAUGGGCAAGGCCGCGAGGCAGGAAAUGGAGAAGUACGACUGGAGGGAAGCGACCAGAAACAUCCGCAACGAACAGUACAGCGCCGCGAUCUGGUUCUGGAAGAGGAGGAAGUCCGUGUUUUUGAGGAUGUUCCAAUGGUUAUUUAGGAUGUGAAUGUCCCAGGCACCAGAAGGUGAAUAUAUGUGGAUAAUAAGGUCUUUUUGUGAAAUAUAUGUGCAUUGUUUGGUUGAUUGUGUCAUUCUUGUGGGUUGUUGGGUGUAAACCAGGUAAAAUUGUGUUCUUAUUAGUCUGUUAUUGUUUAAAAUGAAAUUGGUUAAUGUCAAAUUAGUUUGUAAAUGUUUUUAAGCUCUCAUAAACCCAUUAUAAUCAUUGAAUUCAGUUCCCUCUACACGGCGGGUUGUUCGAGCUUUUGUUAAUGUUAGUAUAGUUAAAGAAAUUUUUGGUAUUUGU